AUGAGUCAUAAUAAUGCUGUCUGGAGCAGCGCCAUGGCAGCUGGAGCAGUGAAAGAGGAGAAGCUCGAAGUGGGGCCGCCACCUUAUCGUGAGGCCACCCCCAUGGCGCUCGUUCCUCGAAGGAUUUUGCCUGCGCCUGCUGCUAUGACUGGAACUGGUACCACCUGUGGUUUCCUCCAAUCGGGAGGUCAUGCACCGAGUGCCAGUGCCUCUCCCAAUGGCCGUGGCGGCAUAAUUGUUGACAACCGGAUGUUGCUGGGAAGAACAACUGCUUCUGCGUCUGCUGCGUUAGCUGCUGCUGCUGCUGCUGCUCCUGCUUCUGCUGCUUCUGUUGCUGUUACUGAUGCUCCGGCUACUGCUGCUGCUGCUGCCCGCGCUGGACUCUGCAGUCUUCAAGGUGCUGCGGCAGCACUACUUUCCAGCGAGAACAGUGGCAGAGGUGGUGGCAAGAGUGGGAGAGGCGGCGGCAAGAUUGGCAGAGGCGGCGACAAGACUGGCAGAGGCAGCGACAAGGGUAGCCGAGGCGGUGACAAAUCCUGUGGUCUUCUAAACCCCACGGCAUCGCAGCCUUCGGGGAUGCAGCUUGUGCCCAUGCAGCAUCAUCCAGUAAACACUGGUCUUGCCGCUUCAGCUGGCAUUCAGGUUGCUGCUACAGCCGGCACUGAGUGUGCCACUGCAGCCAGCAUUGUGCAGGCUCUUCUCCUCUCUGGAAGUCCAUGCAGCAGGGCAGACUUACUGCCAGGGGUGUUGCUGCCAGGAGAGCCUCUCUGGCCAGCUGUGUCUCCCUCUGGGGCUCCUAGCCGCCGUCCCUUCCGAGUGCCCAGAAGCAUGGCUGGCGCUGCCAUAACUGCUGCCUCUGCACUUGCCGCCUCUGCGCUUGGUGCUCCUGCUGCUGCUCCAGGAUCUACCACCUCUGCACCAUAUAGCACUGCUGGAGCCAUAGAAAUUUCUUCUGCUUAUGCUGCUGCUUCUGCUGCUGCUGCUGCUGCUUCUGUUGCUGGUACUGCUGCCUCGCCUGCUGCGUGUACGGUUCGGCCCGUUUUCUUGCCGUCCACUCUGACGCUGCUGGCGGACGUGCCAAGGGGAGCAGCAGCGUUGGAUGCAGCUGUACUGGAGGUGCUGCUCGCUCAGCCGGCUCAUUCUCAUGCCGCUGCCUCCGUCCUUGCCGCUGCCCUCAUGUCUGCUGUCAAAUCGCCUCCUCCUCCUGCUGUUGCUGCUUCUGCUGCUGCUCCUGCUUCUCCUCCUGCUGUUGCUGCUUCUGCUGCUGCCCCUGCUUCCCCUCCUGCUGUUGCUCCUCCUGCUGCUACUGCUGCUUCUGCUGCUGCUCCUGCGUCCCCUCCUGCUGUUGCUCCUCCUGCUGUUGCUGCUUCUGCUGCUGCCCCUGCUUCCCCUCCUGCUGUUGCUCCUCCUGCUGCUACUGCUGCUUCUGCUGCUGCUCCUGCGUCCCCUCCUGCUGUUGCUCCUCCUGCUGUUGCUCCUCCUGCUGCUCCUCCCGCCUGUCCUUCAGCAAGCCACUGCACACCUGCUUGCUUCCAAGCCAGUCCUAUGCACGUCACGCUGGAGGAGUCUUCUGAUGCUGGUGAAGCAGCUGGGCUGGGAUCGGCUGCAGUCAAUAACAAUGCCAAGGCUGCUGCCUCUGCUAAUGUCGCCAAGGCUGCAAAUAAGGCGGCAGCGGCAGCAGGAGCAGCAGCAGCAGCUGCUGACGCAGCAGGAGCAGCAGAAGCAGCAGCAGCGGCGGCAGACGCAGCAGGAGCUUACACCAUCGCUGCUGUCCCUGCUGGGGCCAUUGGUGUCACCCCUGAGUCAGCAGCGGCGUUUGCAGAUCCUGAAAUGGGAGCUGAUUUGGGCACAGACGAGCAGGAUGCCAAGCAAAAAGCACUGCUUGUGAAUGGCGCCCCUAACCUUGGCACUCCUGCUGGUGCAGCUGCUCCUGCUGCUGCCGCUGCUGCUGCUGCUGCUGAUGCUGCUGAUGCUGCUGCUGAUGCUGCUGAUGCUCUUGCUCUUGCUGCUGCCCCUGCUGCUGCUGUGUGUGCUGGUAUUAUUGUUGCAGAGACCCACUCGCUUGCAGCUGUUGUAGGUCAGAAGCAAGGAGAUCUUGCCUGUUCUGUGACAGGACACCAGGAGCAACUGCAGCAGAAGCUGCAGCAGCGGCAAAAUCAAGGGCAUAUCCAGGAGUCAAGUGUCUGGAGAUCACAGGGAACAACAGCAAUGGCUGCUGCAAGGACUGGCUUUGACAGCCAUAACCGCACCUGUCACCCCUCAUCAAUGCCCUCUCAUGCAACGACUUCUCUUGCUGGUGCUUUUUCCCAUCCGCCUGGUUCCACUACCCCUGGUCCUGCCACUGGUGCUGUCCCUUCUCUCCACAAUGAUGGCUUUGGCUCUUUUCUUAGCAUGCCAGCUUCAGGCAUGCCCCUUUGCAAACUCCUUGCAAGCUUCAGCGCUGCCAUGGAGCACAACCGGCAGAUUCUGGAGCGGCAUCAACAGCGCCUGCUGAACCACACCCGGGAGUCUGGUCACUGGGAAGAUGGCCGGCCAGUCAACUUCAAGAGGAGUCGCGAGGGAGAAAAUGGGUUUCGCUACAUGGAGCGUGAUAAGGAGCAUGUAUCGAGUAUGCAAUCAUGGUGCAUGCAUGGAUCUGAGGCCGAGAGCCACAAAAAGGCCGGAGAGAGCGUUGCAGCUGGUGGGGCUGAUGCUGCUGUGCUCAGACAAGCUAGUCAAUGCUCCGGAGUUACCAACGGGGAUCAGUCCAUGGUUGGACUCUUCGGUAGGGCAUCAGGGACCACUCCUGAAGGCUCGCAUCCAGAGUAA